CUCUUGCUGACGUCAGUACAGCCAGUAGUUUGUCCUCGCUGCUCGAGCUAGUACUGCUGGAGAUAUUCUGCGAGGAGGAGGAGGAGCUGUCAAAGUUUCCCAGAGAAGGAAAAGUCUUUAACUUAAGGAGAAAAACCCUAAAGAUUUUGUCAGUUUUGAUAAAGCGGAAUAUCGCGUGUUGUUGGAAUGGAAUGACACCUUCUCACCGGGAGCUUCAAAUACACGAUGGCAAGCCGUUUGGUGAAGUGGAUCAGUCUUACCUCUCUGCUCUGCUUGAGCUGCUGUGUUCUGGCGGAAAAGAAAGUGUGCCAGGGCAUCACCAACCGUUUAAACCUUCUGGGUUCCAAAGAGGACCACUACGUGAACAUGGUGAAGACCUACAGCAACUGCACUGUCGUCCUGGAGAACCUGGAGGUCACCUACAUGGAGGAGCACCGUGACCUUUCCUUCCUCACGUCUAUUGAAGAAGUGGGUGGCUAUGUGCUGAUAGCUCUCAACACAGCAUCCAGGAUUCCUCUGCAGAACCUGCGCAUCAUUCGAGGUCAUUCGCUCUAUGAGGGAAUGUUUGGCCUCGCGGUGCUGACCAAUUAUGAUAAAACUACAGGUCAGGGCACCAACGAGCUUCUUCUGACCAACCUGACAGAAAUUCUUAAAGGAGGUGUCAAGUUUGGGACCAACCAGCCAUGCAAUGUGGAAACAAUACAGUGGUACGAUAUUGUCAACGGUGACGACAAUCCCAAAAUGGUGCUCCCAUUGGACAUCAGCCAUCGUCGUUGUCAAAGAUGUGACUCCAGCUGUUUGAAUGGCUCAUGCUGGGCACCUGGUCGUCAAAACUGCCAGACGUUCACAAAGCUGAACUGUGCUGACCAGUGCUCUAAGAGAUGCAAAGGGGUUUCACCCGGCGACUGUUGUAAUGAGCAUUGUGCUGCGGGCUGCACAGGACCGCGGCCGACCGACUGUCUGGCCUGUCGGGACUUCCAGGACGACGGGAUGUGUAAGGACUCCUGCCCAGGCCUCAUGCGCUACGAUCCCAACCUGCACCAGCUGGUACCCAACCCACACGGAAAGUACAACUUCGGGGCCACCUGUGUCAAGAGCUGCCCACAUAACUAUGUUGUAACUGAUCAUGGAGCGUGUGUGCGGACGUGCAGUGUUAACACAUACGAGGUGGACGAGGGAGGAAUCAGGAAGUGCGCCAAGUGUGACGGACUGUGCCCAAAAGUGUGUAAUGGACUUGGAACAGGAAACCUGACUCAUACCUUAUCUAUUAAUGCCACCAACAUUGACUCCUUUAAAAACUGCACGAAAAUCAAUGGUAACAUUGCGAUCAUCCACACAUCAAUUCAUGGGGAUACAUAUACCAAAACACCAAAGAUGCAGCCUUCCCAGCUUGAAGUGUUUAAGACGGUUAAGGAAAUUACUGGAUACUUGUUGAUUCAAACGUGGCCAGAAAGCAUGAGCUCACUCAGUCCUUUUGAGAAUCUGGAGAUCGUUCGAGGACGAACUAAGCGUGGUAGCCGCAGUGUGAUUAUGGCUCAGCUCAAUAUCAACUACUUGGGCCUUCGCUCCCUCAAAGAAAUCAGCGAUGGAGACGUGGUCAUCAUUAAGAACCCGAAGCUGUGCUACACCAACAAAAGCCACUGGAAGGUGCUCUUCAAAUCAGAAAGCCAAAGUGCCACCAUAGAGGAAAAUGCAGACGCUGCCACAUGUGCGCUGUGGAACAACACUUGCGACAGGAAGUGUACCGCGGACGGCUGCUGGGGUCCCAGCCCGGACAUGUGUUUCGCCUGCCGUGAUCACAGCCGCGAUGGGAGUUGUGUUGAUUCCUGCAACAUCCUGGAGGGAGAGCUGCGGGAGGCUGUGGUGAAUAGAACCUGCAUGGAGUGUCACCCCGAGUGUCAACGCAUGAAUGGGACCGUGACCUGCAGUGCUCCUGGUUCUGGAAACUGUACUAAGUGUGCCAACUUCCAAGAUGGCCUGUUCUGCGUGUCUCGAUGUCCACAAGGCGUGCCAGGGGAGGACGACAUGCUGGUGUGGAAAUACGCAGAUGAGGCGAAAGUGUGCAGGCUAUGCCACAAAAACUGCACUCAGGGGUGCAUGGGGCCUGGUCUCCAAGGCUGCCAGGGUAAAAGCCCCUCUGGCCUUUCCAUGAUUGCGGCUGGUGUUGUCGGCGGGCUGCUGGCUGUUCUUAUUGCAGGCCUGUCUGUGUUUGUGUUGCUACGCCGACGCCACAUCAAGAGGAAGAGAACCACACGCAGACUUCUGCAAGAGAGAGAGUUGGUGGAACCUCUGACUCCAAGUGGAGAAGCACCGAACCAGGCUCUGCUGCGAAUCCUGAAGGAACUGGAAUUUAAGAAAAUCAAAGUGCUGGGUUCAGGAGCUUUUGGUACAGUUUACAAGGGCCUGUGGGUUCCAGAGGGAGAGGAUGUGAAGAUCCCGGUGGCCAUCAAGGUUUUGAGAGAGGCCACGUCACCAAAAGCAAACAAAGAGAUCCUGGAUGAGGCUUAUGUGAUGGCCAGCGUGGAAAACCCCCAUGUGUGUCGUCUGCUUGGCAUCUGUCUGACCUCCACUGUGCAGCUCGUCACACAGCUGAUGCCCUACGGCUGCCUGCUGGACUAUGUCAAAGAGAACAAGGACAAUAUCGGCUCCCAGCACCUGCUCAACUGGUGUGUGCAGAUAGCCAAGGGUAUGAACUACCUGGAGGAGCGCCGCUUAGUACACCGUGACUUGGCAGCGAGAAAUGUCCUGGUGAAGACUCCUCAACAUGUCAAGAUCACAGACUUUGGUCUGGCCAAACUCCUCAACGCAGACGAGAAGGAGUACCAUGCAGAUGGUGGAAAGGUACCAAUAAAAUGGAUGGCUCUUGAAUCUAUCCUGAACAGAACAUACACACACCAGAGUGACGUGUGGAGUUACGGCGUAACAGUUUGGGAGCUGAUGACAUUUGGGACCAAACCGUACGAUGGCAUUCCAGCCAGUGAAAUAGCUGGGGUCCUGGAGAAAGGGGAGCGACUGCCACAACCACCAAUCUGCACCAUAGAUGUCUACAUGAUCAUGGUGAAAUGUUGGAUGAUUGAUGCGGAUAGCCGACCUCGUUUCCGGGAGCUAAUAGCUGAGUUUACAAAAAUGGCUCGGGAUCCUUCACGAUAUCUGGUCAUUCAGGGCGAUGACCGCAUGCACCUACCGAGUCCCGUCGACACUAAACUGUACCGCAGCCUGAUCAGCGGGGAUGGCAUGGAGGACGCUGUGGAUGCAGACGAGUACCUGGUGCCACAACAUGGCUUCUUCAGCAGCCCGAGCACCUCCAUCACCCCGCUGCUUCACUCCACUAGUCUCAACAGUAGCAUUGGAACAUGCCACAGCAGAAAUGGCUUAAUGAAUGGAUUCCCGAGCAGAGAUGGAAGCAUGGUACUCCGAUAUAUUCCUGACCCCACAGAAAAACUUUUAGACGAGGCCUUCCUGCCUUCUCCAGACUACAUGAACCAGAACGAAGUCUCAGACGUGAUGAAUCCCAUCUACCAGCACCCGGGUCUGCCUCGCACCAUCCUUCCCACCAUCUCAUCAGACGACACGGAGACGGAGUACCUGAACUGCUUUAGAAAGGAUGCCAACGGACCCGAGUACCUCAAUGAGAUCCCGUCCCCCGCCAUCCUCCCGCUCACCUCCAACGGCACGGUCCACAGCGUUCAGAAAUACCAGCCCCAGAAUAGCAUAGACAACCCUGAUUACCAACAGGAUUUCAUUCCCACCUUCAAGACCCACGCCAACGGACACAUCCCAGUGGCGGAGAACGUAGAGUAUCUGGGCCCAGACUGAGGACUGAGUGGAUACAGACAAUAAAUAUCCUGUUCCAUUAGGAAGGGCCGUUGAUGUCUUGGCUCGGAAAGCAUAGCUAAGUGGUACCAUCAAUUGUCAUAUAUGUCUUACGGAGUCAAGUGACUCUUGGUGGAGCUUUCCGUUAUGUCUGCAUGCAGAUGUACUUGUCACGCAAAAAAAAAACCCCUCUCAUUCCAAAGAGUUUCUUACCACCAAUCUACAAAGGACUUUUUCUUGACGAAAGCUGGACUCGUACAUGACUCAGUUGACCUGAGAGCUUCUAGACCUGAUGCGCUUCGUUCAUACGUUGUAACCCCCCCCCUCAGAAAGUGAAAAUCUCUUCUGAAAAUCUCUCUAAAAGUAAUGCACACAAUUGCUGUAUGUGAUCCCAAUGUGUGAGUGGAGGACUGCUGUAAAAAGGAGGCAGAAGUUCCUACUGCAAACAACAGAAACUGGCAGCUCAGCCCUAAACGCAACCUAAGGUACAUGUGUUGGAGAAUCACAAGUUUGUCAAUCAGUCAACGGUAUUGACGUGUUGGAACACGAGGGACACAGUGGUGCGCUCACUCGACACUGAUGUGAAGGCUUAGAGCAUUUCUCAGUGGUGAAGUUAAGACGAUUAAAAGGGAGUUUUUAAGAGUAAAACGCUGGCUCGACUUUUGGGGUCCUCGGAGGCCUGACGACACUCGUCCUGUGGGAUGAGUCAACGAGGAAACGCAAUGUAUAGAAUGUAUAGUCAGUUUAAAGGGGAAUACUGGUGAAUUGUUUAAAUGUGUUACUUUUAUGGCCUAAGACUGUUCUGUAUGUAUUAUAACCUGGGUGCUUCCUUUCUUAGACGGAAACAGAAGAGUGUGAUAUCACACUAGCUCUGUGGAGAAUGUAAUGGUACAUAUAGCAACUAGGAUUGUGGUUGUAUUCACACCUCUGUGUUUUGCUGUGUAGAAGAUCUGUAGCAUGAAGCAUAUUUGUGUGAAUUCAUAAAGUUACUCUGAGCUUUAUAUCAGUAUGACACAUCAGAUUGUGUAGCCAGGAAGUUUUUUCUGACUAUUUCCCG